UAAACACAAAGCCACAUGUCUCUGUGUAGUCAUUUCUUCAUUCUAAAUCAUGGGGCUAACCUGCAGCUCAGCAGCUCAAGCUCUAUCUUUUCAUCCCCUUGCUAAGGGCAGAAAUAUCCACCUAGGCAGUUGCCUUCAUCGGGCUAAAAGAGGCUACAGCUUCCAGGAUGGAAUUAUCUUCUCAAGUCGUCCUCUUCUUCCAAGAGAAAAAGUCUGGAUAAGAAUUCUGGAAGUUGAGGAGCGAUGGUAUGGAGCUCUACGAGUUGGCUUUACCUCUAUGAACCCCAGCAACAUUGACUCUACCUCUCUACCGCCAUUUGCCUGUCCUUACCUUACCGAUAGUCCUGAUUUCUGGGGUAUGGGGAUUCCAGAGCAUCUGUGCAUGGAGGGCGAGGAAAUUUGCUUUUGGGUAAACCACAAAGGUCAAGUACUUUUUAAGAAGAGGGGAUUUUUAAAGCCAAAGCUGUUGUUCUCUGGUUUACCAAAGAAGACACCACUCUGGAUCAUGAUAGACGUCUAUGGUCAAACCAAGGCUUUACAGCUUCUGGAUGCGAAGCAGCAGCUGUAUUUUCCAUGUUGUUGUCCUGGCGAUACAGAGCCUCAAAAUUUGGGUUCAGAUCACUCUGGAGCAACUGUGACAAAGAUCAAACCUUUUCAGCCUCCUAGCUCUGAACAAUUUAUGGAAAUGUCGAUAAAACUGCAUCUAAGAACAAAAGUGACAGAGUUAAAAAUGUUUACAGAAGAGGAACCUGUCUGUGUGAUUUGUCAGGACAGUAUGGCGGACACUUUGCUUCUACCUUGCAGACACAGCUCCUUCUGCAAAGAAUGUGUUCUAAAAAUAAGAGGACAGAAAAAUACCUGCCCAUUGUGCCGUCAAAGAAUCAUUGUAGCCCAAGGACUCAGAGAAAGUCAUCUGCUUGCCAACGAUGGUAGCUGAUCGUUGUUGCUAUCUUAUGGGACAUCAGGACAGUUUUCGUGAUUGUGUCCGUGUGAAAGACUGUCUUACCAUCUACCCACUUUACUUUCCUACCGGUCAAACAGCAUGAUCUUACAGUGUAACAUCCAAAGUAAUGGUGGCUAUCUGGAUGACAUUGUGGCAACCAAUUUUACUUGAUGUUGUAGAACACUGGAAUUUUUUGUAAAAGGCUAUGUUCACACUUCAUUUGAGCUUUCCAUCAAAGGUAUAUGUUGAGGAGAUUUCUUGUGCAACAUAUAGGCAGACAGCGGUAUGUCGUCCUUACGAUCCCAUAGUAAAAAAAAAAGCCAAAACGCAUACCAGGUGGUCUCUUUACGGAACAGUGCCAUGAUGUUCCCUACAGUAAAAACAUAUUGGUGUGAUUUAUGAUGAAGGGAAACUCUUUUGGCAUAUGCGCAGUGAAUGUGGUCCUAUGGAUACGCACAUGACCAUAUCUGAGAUCCGUAUCACACAGAUCCAGAAUACAUGUUGGUAAAGGCAGAAAAAAAAGUCUGAUAGUGAGUAAGAGGUAGGUAAUAGACAGAAAUUAGAAAAGGAAAGCAAAUAAUAAGAAGAAAGAAGGCCAGAGAAAGGAAUAGAAAUAUAACAGAUAGACAUCUAUUGGGCGGCAUGAAGGAAAGUCAGGAAGAAGUGAAAAUGCGGAAUAACACAAACAAAGGCGUCCAAAAAAUCUCCUGGGCCCCGAUGCAAAACCUGUUAAAGUUUCCUACCUACCAUGUACCAUAUAUUACUAGUCUUAUCUUAUGCAACAGAUAGGCCUUUAGGCCAACUAUGGCACCAGGGCGAAGGGUGUGACUGCUACUGCAGCAACUAACAGGGGAGUGUGUGGACGAUGAGAGUGGUAGUAGUUGUGGCUCUGAGGGUGGUAUUACAGUUCAUAUUGGCAAUCUCCCCCUCUGGCUGUCCCAAGGAGCAGGGACUGACUAGAAGGUGCACACUUUCUUAGGGCUCCUGCUUGCUAGUAGUUGGGGGUGCCCUUGAUGGUGCAUGGUUUGGGCUAUGGGUGCUAGAGUCAAUAACUAGGCCGGUUGAUUGCAACAGAUAGCAGACUCUUUAGUGAAUGGAUGAUAGUAGUAGUAGUACAUAUAGUAGCAAGGGAACAAUUCCAAAGCACAUCAAAGUACAAUCUUAUCUCAAUAGCAGUAUAGAGGCAGCAGCAAUUAUUGUACAUGUAGUAUUUCCCGAGUCUGACUCCAAACAUUUUAGUAUUUUCCAAAGGUAACCACAGGCAUGCUAUACUGUUCUUACUAACUCAUUCUGCAGUUUCCCCGGCUGAGGGGUGCAGAAACCUUAGAUACAGAUGGCCAGUCCAUACUAAAGUGUGAUAGGUGCCAGAGGCAAUAAUCAUUUCCACAGCAGCAAAGCCCUUCUGCUAUAAACAAACAAAUACCUUGCUGUCUGAAGCUUGCACAGCCUGGAUGGUUCUGGACUGUCUAAAAUGACUGGUCUCUUUCUCUCAGGUGUCCUCUGGUAAUAAAGCAACAUUUUUGACAGCUUUAGUCUCAGAGAAAUAGGUUCUCUGGACUUAUAGUGCGGACUGGGUUCAUCACCCUGGUAACCUAAACAGUGUGCCAAUUUGUUUACUGUUUGGUUGCCUUAUACAUUGCUAUUGAGUAAAUAUACAUAACAAAUCACAACAUUAAAUUCAAUAACAUUUGGCAAUAAUUAACCCUUUGCAGUAGUCCUUCUUGUUACACCUUAAGGGAUAGUGGAAAAAGGGUAAUGGAAAAGUGAAAUGUGAAAAAAAAACAUUAGGAUAAGAGUAAAGUACAAGUAGGUAUAAAGAUGGAAGAAGGGCCUGAUAAAUGUGACAAAGAAAAUGAAUUUACAAAAAGUUGCAGAACAGGCAAAAAGUGUGUACCGUAAGUAGACAGGGAGCAGAAUAAACAAGGGAAAGAAUACUCAAACUGUGAAGGUUUGAAUAUAGAUAAAACAAGCUAAAAUCUUUUGAACUAUUUGUAUAAGUUAAUUUAAAAAGAGAAGGGAAAACUGUAGGUAUCCAAGCUGUGAAUAAAAACCUAUAUUUUGGGGAAUGUGCAAAACGUGAAAUGUCCAAAAUGUGAUUUAUAUAUUUUUUCCAACUUUGUACAAAAAUUAUGUCAAGCUAACAUUGUAUUAUUGAGAACUAAUCAGUCAUUGUAUCAAUGUUGUAAGACAUAUGAUUUUUUUAACAGA